ACCUUCCUGAACCCUGGACCUUUCUCCCUUCCGGAACUAUCCCACCACACAUAUUAUCUAUUUUGAGAAUCUCCCACAUCAUGGACCUCAUCGGGCUGCUGAAGUCCCAGUUUCUGUGUCACCUGGUCUUCUGCUACGUGUUCAUCGCCUCAGGGCUCAUCGUCAACGCCAUCCAGCUGUGCACGCUGGUCAUCUGGCCCAUCGACAAGCAGCUGUACCGCAGGAUCAAUGGCUGUCUCUGCUACUUCAUCUCCAGCCAACUGGUCAUGCUUCUUGAUUGGUGGUCGGGCACAGCGUGCACCCUCUACACUGACCCGAAGGCCUUCCCCUACUACGGGAAGGAGAACGCCAUCGUGGUUCUCAAUCACAAGUUCGAGAUUGACUUUCUCUGUGGCUGGAGCCUGGCUGAGCGCCUUGGGAUCCUGGGGAACUCCAAAGUCCUGGCCAAGAAAGAACUGGCUUACGUGCCCAUCAUUGGCUGGAUGUGGUACUUCGUGGAGAUGAUCUUCUGCACGCGCAAGUGGGAGCAAGAUCGGCAGACAGUUGCCAAGAGCCUGAUGCACCUCCGGGACUACCCAGAGAAGUAUCUGUUCCUGAUUCACUGUGAGGGCACACGGUUCACAGAGAAGAAACACCAGAUCAGCAUGCAAGUGGCCAAAGCCAAGGGGCUGCCCAGCCUCAAGCACCACCUGCUGCCGCGCACCAAGGGCUUUGCUAUCACUGUGAAGUGCUUGCGGGAUGUAGUCCCAGCUGUAUAUGACUGUACACUCAAUUUCAGAAACAAUGAAAACCCAACACUGCUGGGAGUCUUAAAUGGAAAGAAAUAUCACGCUGAUUGCUAUGUCAGGAGGAUCCCCAUGGAAGACAUCCCAGAGGAUGAGGAGAAGUGCUCCGCCUGGCUACACAAGCUCUACCAGGAGAAGGAUGCCUUUCAGGAGGAAUACUACAGGACAGGGGUCUUCCCCGAGACUCCCUUGGUGCCCCCACGGCGGCCCUGGGCUCUGAUCAACUGGCUGUUCUGGGCCUCGCUGCUGCUCUAUCCUUUCUUCCAGUUCCUCGUCAGCAUGGUCAGCAGUGGCUCCUCGGUGACACUGGCUAGCUUGGUCCUCAUCUUCUGUAUGGCCUCCAUGGGAAUUCGAUGGAUGAUCGGCGUGACAGAAAUUGACAAGGGUUCUGCCUAUGGCAACAAUGACAACAAACAGAAACACACAGACUGACCUGGGACUGUCACCUCCAAAGGGGACCUUGGGGAACCGUUGGCCUCUGCCUAGCCUUCGCAGCAGGGUGCAGUGAUGGAGACGGGGGCAGCCUUGUUGGGACGAGCAGCACCACAGCCUCUCUCUUCACAGAGUUUGUCUCAGCGCCAGACUGGAAAGGAAGACCUUCUUAAACCUUUUCCCACCCCAGCCCCCACCCCAUGUACAUUAGUGGGUUUGGUUGUCUUUCUUUUCAGUUGUACACACGUGUGUGUUGU